UCGGUUUUGCAGUUUAGAGAGGCAGAGGAGGCAGACGUGGAGGUGCACACCGGAGAUCUUACAGACUCCAGAGACUGAAGCAAGAGGAUCACAAGUUCAAGGCCAGCCCCCGGCUGUUUAGCAAGACCCUAUCUGAAAUUUUAAAAAAGACUGGGGAUGCCGCUCAGUAGUUAAGCACCUCUGGUUUAAUCCCCAGUGCCAAUACCUAAAUAAAUAGGCAGAAGAGACAUGUACCCCUAAGAGGAACUGAAGUUUGGACCCCAGAGAUCAAUCACCCAGGGACGCAGAGGACACUCCCAGGUGCCCCUCGCCGCCAUGAGGCCCCUCCUGGCACUGCCGGUUCUGGUGGUGGUCCUGUCCGUGGUUCUGGAAGGCCCAGCCCCAGCCCAGGCCGCCCCAGACAUCUCCAGCACCUUUGAGCAAAUCCCGGGUAAGCUGAAGGAGUUUGGAAACACCCUGGAGGACAAGACCCGAGAAGCCAUCCAGCACAUCAAAAACAGUGACUUUGCGACGAAGACUCGGUUAGGGCCCUUCCCAGGGGGCCGUGAAGGGACCUGUGGGUGAAGCCCUGAAGGGAAGUCCAAGAUUAGCAGAUUGGGGACACCGAGGCCCUAAGAGGCUUACAGUAUCCCUGUGGUCACCCGGCUAGAUCUCAGGGUGCUAAGAUUCACGGGACAGGUGCCCCGACUCCCAUCCUGGAACAUUUUAGAGAUGGGCCUGGGGGGGUCACAAAGAACCCCAAGCAGGACAGUCCACAGGCUGGUGUAGACACCCUUCUUCCUGAGGGAUCCCAGGAGAGGGGCGUGACAGCUGCCGGAGACCCCUCAUCUCUAAAAGGGGUAGUUGUGAGGGGAGCAAGGGAGAGGGCCCUGAUCAAGGCCCAUGCACUAAUUAACCGACUUUUGUGCCCUUGGGCAAGUGGAGAAUCCUCCAUUUGUUAAGAGGUGUUUAUUGAGCAGCUUCCAAAUGCAAGGAAGCCAUCAACCUGGGGAAGUACACAGAGGUGACAAGUGGGGGAGACACAUGAUAAACCGGUGAAUCCCAACGAGUCCGCAUGAGGUUAAGCACUGUGAAGACCCUAGAGAAGAUGGGGGUGACAACCAAGGAAGGAGAGCAGCUCUUUGAGAUUGGUGGCUAGGUCUUCUCUGAGGGGGUGACAUAUUCAAUUGAGAUCUGAAUGAAGAGAGGAAAACUCAGCUGAACCAAAAUUUAGGAAAAAUGUUCUCUGUGAAGGGAAAGUACAAAGGCCCUGGGGCAGGAAGACCUGUCAAUAAGGAGAGGACUUCCAAGCAAGGGGGACAGUUCAGGAAAGGCCAGAGGCUGGAUGGAGGGACAGCUAGGGCAGGAGCAGACUUGGUGACAGUGUUGGGAGCAAGAGACGACAGGCCUGGAGCCAGGCCAGGUAAAGUGCUGUGACUUCCAAGGGCUCUGGUCUACCUGG